GUGACGCAAUGGCACAUGGCCCCGCGCCAUUUGCUGGCUGUAGGUCCCGCCCCCGGCUGCGGCUCCGGGUCCCGGAGAACGUUCUCCGCAGGCGGCGGCGGAGGCGGUGUUGGGGCGGCGGAGCGUGCGGCGGCCCGGCCCGGGGCGCUCGCUUCCUGCUCCUCGGUGGCCAAGGUACCCCCAGCCUGGGAAAAGAUGGUUCCACGGCCUCCGCCCAGGGGGCUGGUCCCAGCCCUGCUCUGGGGCCUGAGCCUCAGCCUCCUGGGCCCGGUCCAGCUUCAGCCCUCGCCCCCUGCCCAGGCUUCUCCCCCCACGGAGUCCCAUCCAUGCCACACCUGCCGGGGACUGGUGGACAGCUUUAACAAGGGCCUGGAGAGAACCACGCGGGACAACUUUGGAGGGGGGAACACGGCCUGGGAGGAGGAGAAGUUAGCCAAGUACAGAGACAGUGAGACUCGGCUGGUGGAGGUACUGGAGAGCGUGUGCAGCAAGUCGGACUUCGAGUGCCACCGCCUGCUGGAGCUGAGCGAGGAGCUGGUGGAGAACUGGUGGUUUCACAAGCAGCAGGAGGCCCCCGACCUCUUCCAGUGGCUCUGCUUGGAUUCGCUGCGGCUCUGCUGCCCCGUGGGCACCUUCGGGCCGUCCUGCCUCCCUUGUCCUGGAGGCGCAGAGAAGCCCUGUAGUGGCUACGGGCAGUGCCAAGGGGAAGGGACACGGGGAGGCACUGGAAUCUGUGACUGUCAAGCCGGCUACGGGGGUGAGGCCUGCGGCCAGUGCAGCCUUGGUUACUUCGAGGCUAAGCGUAAUGCCAGCCACCUGGUAUGUUCAGCUUGCUUCGGGCCCUGUGCCCGCUGCUCCGGACCAGAGGAGUCCCACUGCCUGCAGUGUAAGAAGGGCUGGGCCUUGCACCACCUCAAGUGUGUUGACAUCGACGAGUGUGGCACCGAGCGUGCCAGCUGUGGGGCCGACCAGUUCUGCGUGAACACAGAGGGCUCCUAUGAGUGCCGAGACUGUGCCAAGGCCUGUCUGGGCUGCAUGGGGGCAGGGCCCGGCCGCUGCAAGAAGUGCAGCCCUGGCUAUCAGCAGGUGGGAUCCAAGUGUCUAGAUGUGGAUGAGUGUGAGACCGUGGUGUGUCCGGGCCAGCACGAGCGCUGUGAGAACACGGAAGGUGGCUACCGCUGUGUCUGUGCCGAGGGCUUCAAGUCCAUGGAGGGCAUCUGUGUGAAGGAGCAGGUCCCUGAGUCGGCUGGCUUCUUCUCGGACAUGACGGAGGACGAGCUGGGGGUACUGCAGCAGAUGUUCUUCGGGGUGAUCAUCUGCGCCCUGGCCACGCUGGCUGCCAAGGGCGACCUGGUGUUCACGGCCAUCUUUAUUGGGGCCGUUGCAGCCAUGACCGGCUACUGGCUGUCUGAGCGCAGUGACCGUGUGCUUGAGGGCUUCAUCAAGGGCAGAUAAGCCCCCGCCCCACAUUGCCCUGCUCUCUGCAGGGUCUCCUGCAUCCCAGAGGGUACGCCUCUGCCAUGGGACACUCAGGGCAGCUUGGGAGUUAGGCACCCCUUUCUAGCCCUGCAGAGAAGCGCAGACCAAGAUUCCCCGGGGACAGGUGAGGCCCCUGGAGGGA